AAAUACUAUUACAGCUGCGUUGGGGUAGAGGAGCACCAUGCUGUUGACAUUGAUCUAUACCAUUGUCCCAACUGUGCAAUUCUCCAUGGACCUUCUCUAAUGAAGAAGAGGAGGAACUGGCACAGACAUGACUACACAGAGCUGGACGAUGGUUCCAAACCGGUGCAGGCUGGAACACGGACCUUCGUUAAACAGCUGCGGGCUCGCUCUUUCCCAAGUGCUGAUGAAGUAAUUUUGAAAAUGCAUGGAAGCCAGCUGACACAAAGAUAUUUGGAGAAACAUGGGUUUGAUGUUCCCAUUAUGGUUCCUAAAUUAGAUGGUCUGGGGCUUAGACUUCCCCCACCAACUUUCUCUGUUUUAGAUGUGGAACGCUAUGUAGGUGGUGACAAAGUGAUAGAUGUAAUAGAUGUAGCAAGACAAGCAGACAGUAAAAUGAAGCUCCAUAAUUAUAUUAAAUAUUUCACAAAUCCUGACCGGCCAAAAGUAUUGAAUGUGAUCAGCCUGGAAUUCUCGGACACAAAGAUGUCUGAAUUAGUGGAAGUACCAGAUAUUGCCAGAAAGCUUUCAUGGGUGGAAAAUUAUUGGCCAGAUGAUUCUGUCUUCCCUAAGCCUUUUGUUCAGAAGUAUUGCUUAAUGGGUGUCCAGGACAGCUAUACUGAUUUUCAUAUCGAUUUUGGAGGAACAUCAGUUUGGUACCACGUUCUCUGGGGUGAGAAGAUAUUCUAUUUGAUUAAGCCCACUGAUGAAAAUUUGGCUCUCUAUGAGUCUUGGAGUUCAUCUGUCACCCAAAGUGAAGUAUAUUUUGGGGACAAGGUUGACAAAUGUUACAAAUGCGUUGUGAAGCAAGGACACACUUUAUUUGUUCCAACAGGCUGGAUUCAUGCUGUGCUCACAUCUCAGGAUUGUAUGGCUUUUGGAGGAAACUUUUUGCACAACCUCAACAUUGGCAUGCAGCUCAGGUGUUAUGAAAUGGAGAAGAGGCUAAAAACCCCAGAUCUUUUCAAAUUUCCUUUCUUUGAAGCCAUCUGUUGGUUUGUGGCCAAAAACUUACUGGAAACAUUGAAAGAGCUGAGGGAAGAUGGUUUCCAGCCUCCAAGCUAUUUAGUGCAAGGAGUGAAGGCUUUACUUACUGCUUUAAAAUUAUGGAUGAAAAAAGAACUUGUAACAGAACACGCCUUUGAAAUUCCAGACAACAUUAGGCCUGGGCAUCUCAUAAAAGAGCUCUCAAAAGUGAUUCGUUCAGUAGAGGAGGAAAACAACAAACCAGUUAAAACUCAGGGAAUUCUUGGUGUGUGUGCAACUUCACGGUCUUCACAUGAAACAACUUCCCCUCACCACUCCAGACGAAGGGUGAGGAAACUGCGAGACCAUGCGACUAAAACUCCUUCUAACCUGGACAUCCUGGAACUCCACACCAGGGAGGUACUGAAGAGGCUGGAGAUGUCACCGUGGGAGGAGGAUAUCUCAAGCCCAAAGCUGAAUGGGAGAUUUAACAAGCCCUUUCAGCCAUCUUCUACAGUACCUGAAUGGCGAACAAAAGACAAUGAUCUUCGCCUUCUGCUGUCAAAUGGGAGAAUAAUAAGAGAUGAGAGACGCCCAUUUACAGAUCGAAGUCUUUACACAGCAGAUAGUGAAGAUGAAGAUGACAGGACAAGGUCGAAAAAGAUGACUGUUAAGGUAGAAGAGCAGCCCUCAGGAUCUGAAGAAGCCAAUGCAGAUGCCCAGAAACCACUGAACAUGUUCUUUGAAAGUGUGAAAUCAGAACUCAGGAAUGGAUCCUCAGAGUACUCUGAUAUUUCUGAUUCAGAAGAAUCUGAGCCUGAUUGCACUACACAGCAGAAAGAUUCCUUCACAGAGGAGUCAGAAAGCUCAGGUGAUGAAGAGAAGCAGGAAGUAACAUCAAAUUUCAAAGAGGAAUCUAAGGUCACAAGAGACCUUUGUCAAAACACCCAGAAGCCAUCCAGAAAUGAAACUCCCAGUAAAAAGGAAUGUCCUACCUCGACAAGUACAGAAGAAGAAGCUAUUCAGGGCAUGCUUUCAAUGGCAGGAUUGCACUAUACUACAUGUUUACCAGGUCAUACUCAAAGCACAGACUGCACAGGUAAAAGAACCUCUCUUCAGGAACACAGAAGCUACCCCAGGAGCCGACAUAAAGACCGACAGCCAUCUCAGAGCCACAGAACAAUAGAAUGUGGCAGGUCUGUGAAGGAAGAGGAAGGAGACUUGGGGACUUCAGCAUGGGCUAGACACCUGAAUGAAGCUUCGAGGAUUACCCCUCAGGAUACAAGUAAAACUCAAAAAUAUACCAAGGCAUCAGAAGCCAAUCAUAAAGUUCAGGAAAACAGAAGUGUGGUCCACAACAACAGCCUGAGCUUUCAGCAUGGCAAGUACACACGAGACUCCAAUCUAAUCCAAGGAGAGUGUCGGCUGAGUGAUGGCAGCCUUAGCCCUGACAGGCCCUAUGGUGAAACGUCUUUGUCUGUGCCACUUCAUCCAACAAAGAGGCCAGCAGCAAAUCCACCCCCAAUCAGCAACCAGGCGACAAAAGGCAAACGUCCAAAGAAAGGAAUGGCCACUGCUAAACAGCGCCUCGGGAAGAUCCUGAAGCUGAACCGGAACGGCCAUGCACGCUUCUUUGUUUAAUGUAGCUGCUACUUUUACUACUGCUGUCUUUCCUACACAGACCAGUAUUGAGGGCAACAGAGCCUGGAGCUGCUGUUAUUCCUCUGCUUGAAGCAGACUUGCAUGUACCAUAUAAAACACUGCCUGAUGAACAAAAA